UGCUUCUUUCGUUUCGAUUUCACCCCCAAAUCCAGUGCAGUACCCGUAGGUUAGCACCUCUGCGGCCUUUAUCCACGAUGAGCUUCCAGCAUUUUCGACUUGGAGAGCUUGCGAUGCACCAACCAUUGCCGCCUCAUCUUAUGCAGCCGCACCCGGGAGCGAAUGGAGAGGUUCAAUUUCCUGGCCAAAGUUUUACUACCAAUCCCAGCAACGGUCACAUUUUUUCAUCCUCAUCUGGAUCCAAACAGCCAUAUGGAUCUGGCGACUCCGACGACGGUUACACUUUAGUCUUUCCUAAUCUUGCUGCUUUCAACGAAUGGCGCCAAAAGGAAGAGGAGACACAAAUGGUUGAGUUUGUCAAGGGAGAUACCCAUGGAAGUAAAGCCGUCCCUCCUCGUUUCAAGGACCAUACCAAGCUGGUCUGCGCUCGCCAUUCGCGUAGCGGCAGGAAAAAGUACGUGAAGAAGCAUCCGGAUAGGGUGCGCAAGGUCCCCAGUCGAAAGCUCGAGGGAGUAGGCUGUUCGGCUUCAAUCAGCUUCAAAACGUACUUUAACACCGAGGAAGUGCGCGCUUCAUACAAUUCGCAGCAUUCUCAUGAAAUCGGCCUCGCCAAUCUUCCAUACACGCGUCGCGGUCGCAAGGCCGCUGUUCAGCAAGAAAAAGAGCGACCUCGCAAGCAUCCGAGGAAGGAAGAAAGUGUUUCAUCACCCAUCAGCGCUUCUCCGUCGACGUCUAUGCCUCCUCCCCCUCCGCCACCGAAUCAGUUUACAUCCACGGUGUCCAUGAUAGCACCCUUGCCUGGACAACCUCCUUAUCCACAAGUGCCUCAACCUUACAGCUAUGUUCCUCAACCAUACCCCAUGCCUCCGGGCCCUGCUACGGGUGUGUCCCAAGAUCGAUGGCAAAAUAUGUCGACCCUCUUCAACUCGAUCCGCGAACACGCUCGGAACUUUGAAUACCCGUUUGCCAGCGUCGUUGCUCUUGAAAGUGUUCUGAUAAGACUCUUUCUCGAAAGCCCCGUAGCAAUGACUCAACCCGGCAUGAUUCCUGUACCGGGAGGUUCACUACCACCUCAAUUGCAACAACAGGCGCAGCCACCAGGGAUUGACAAUAGUCAGCCUAACGGCCCCUCUGCAAAUCCUGUCCAAAGCACCGAGAGCGAAGAGAGCGGAGGAUCGGAUGAUAGUUCAUAGUAAACACAUAAAUUAUACUCUCUGGGUGGAUAGACCUUGUGUAGGAAAUUGUACGAUUGUUACGAAGAAGUACCGUUACCGUUUCGUCUAUAAUAUUGUUACGCACUGUUGGAAAAAAAAUUUGUAGCUUUGUGAAGAGACCUUUCAAUGACGUUUACUUCCGAUCAUUCUCUUUUAGGAAGACUAUUAUCUAAAUUCAUG